UCCGGAUUUCCGACAAUCGAGCUUGGAACUAUCCCCGACGACAUGGCAGCGUUCUUGCGAGCUCGUAAAUAUGUUCGCUGCGUGGUCCGUUUCUCCGACCGUGACCUGUAAACGCCACGACGCACGUUUGUGAAGACUUGCGCGCAGUCGCACACAAAAAAAGACUAAUUCGGCCAAGUUGUGAUGGCUGAAGAAAAUGUGGACUUGGACUGUGGACUGGAGGAAGAAGAUGACGGUUCUGAUGACCCAAAUCUGGAGCUGCAGCUCGACACUUUCAGAGCCAAGUGGAUGUCUGAACUCAAACCGAGCUGUGACACGAGGCUGCCGCGAGCUUCGAGUCAGAGGAGGACACAAGAAAAUGCUCGGGAGGAGAAGGCUGCAGAGUUGUACUUGAGAGCUGUGAAAGAAGAGCAGAAUGGAGCGUUUUAUGAAGCGAUCAAGUUCUAUCGCCUGGCUAUGCAGCUCGUACCUGAUAUCGAAUCAAAGAUCAACUACAGCCACUCUGAUGCUGAUCAAGCUGAAGGGAACUAUAGGGAGGAGGGGGACGGCGACGGCGACAUUGAAGAUCUGGUUGCCUACUUUGAUCACCAACUCACUUUUGGAACUUCCUUCCCCAAGAUUUGCUCUCCUGAGUUGGAGAAGUCUCAGAUGCACAUAUCUGCCUUGCCACGGGAGAUCCUAAUGUACAUUUUUCGUUGGGUGGUGUCGAGCCAUUUGGACAUGCGAGCCCUGGAACAGCUGUCGUUGGUUUGCCGCGGCUUUUACAUUUGUGCAAGAGACCCUGAAAUUUGGCGUUCAGCCUGUCAAAAAGUGUGGGGACACAAUUGCACCAAGCUCGGACACUACCUCUCCUGGAGAGAGAUGUUCUUGCAAAGGCCCCGCGUUCGUUUUGAUGGCAUCUAUAUCAGCAAGACGUCGUACAUUCGUCAAGGAGAGCAGUCUCUGGACGGCUUCUACCGCCCUUGGCACCAUGUCGACUUCUAUAGGUACCUGCGCUUCUUCCCUGAUGGCAGCGUGGUCAUGCUGACCACACCUGAGGAACCCCUCUCUAUUGUCUCACGCUUGCGCACUCAAAACGUCAGAAUGGACGCCGUAAAGGUCGGCCACUAUCGUCUGUCCCAGGAAACGGACAAUCAAACCAAAGUUUAUGCCGUCGUCCACAAGAGGAAGGAAGAGAAAUCAUCGGAUUUGCAAAAGAAUCGGUUCUACAGGCGGAACACCGCCCCCGAGGCCGAUCACACCUUCCACGUUGGACUCCUUCUCUCCUCUGUGGGGCGCCAGAGUUUUAAUAAACUGACGUGGAUGCAUCAUUCUUGCCACAUUACUUACAAGCUCACUGGGGAGACUGUUAUCAGUGCAUUCGACCUGAACAAGAUGUACACCCCCUUCAUCUUUGGACGAGUCAAGAGUUACACCGCGUUUUCAGAUCAGGCGCUCUAAGACACCCACGUCAACGCUUUCAGUUAAUCCUUCCAACUUCACAAAUUUACGAGUACACUAGAAUAAAACUCAUUUAAUCCUGUGAUUUUCAGAACUGUUGCUAAGGGUAACCCCAAGGUCACAUGUUCCCGGCAAUGAAUGUCCAUUCUGUUUUUGUCUCAUAGUGCACUUUCUCGUUCAAAUAAACAGUGAUAAAAUGACUUUCA